AUGAGCUCCCUCAAAUUUGUGGUGUCCUCGCUGGACACCAUUGCCGCCCAUGCAGGGCGAAACAAGCAGCUGGCCGAGCUGGCGGAGAAGGCCCUCGCGGCGAUUAAGGAGAACGACCAACAGCUCCCCGACCCCGAAGUCGUCUUCGCCCCUCUGCAGCUCGCUGCCAAAACCGGGACCACACCCCUUGCCACGACCGCCCUCGACUGCAUCGGGAAGCUGAUUUCCUACUCCUAUUUUUCUGCGCCCUCGUCCUCGGCCGAACAGGAUGGCGCCGAGCGAGCCCCCCUCAUCGAGCGGGCCAUUGACACGAUCUGCGACUGCUUCCAGGGCGAGGCCACGCUGGUCGAGGUCCAGCUCCAGAUCGUCAAAUCGCUGCUUGCUGCGGUGCUCAACGACAAGAUCAUCGUACACGGUGCGGGGCUGCUGAAGGCGGUACGACAGGUCUACAACAUCUUCCUCCUCUCGCGGAGCACGGCAAAUCAGCAGGUCGCGCAGGGGACGCUGACACAAAUGGUGGGGACGGUGUUCGAGCGGGUCAAGACGAGGCUGCACAUGAAGGAGACGCGGGCCAACCUGGACAAGCUCAAAGUGAGCCGGAGCAGCCUCGCCGUUGACCGAUUCGAGGACCAGGGCGAGUCGGACGACGGGCAGGUCAAGAGUAACGGUAGUGACGGGCCUGCGGAUACCGCUUCCAACGCUGCGGCGCCCGAAUCGGCCGAUGAAGCACAGGGGAAGCUGACACUAAAGGAUCUGGAGCACCGAAAGAGCUUCGAUGACUCCCACAUGGGGGAUGGCCCCACGAUGGUUAGCCAGGUCAAGCCUGUGAAGAAGGCGGCCCGGUCUGUGUCCGAACAGAGCAUAGCGGAGAGCUCCCAGGAGGAGACACCGGAAUCGCUCGAUGCCGAGGAUGAGGCCUACAUUCGGGACGCUUACCUCGUUUUCCGCUCGUUUUGCAACCUCUCGACCAAAGUCUUGCCGCCAGACCAGCUCUACGAUACCCGAGGGCAAGCAAUGCGCUCCAAACUGAUCUCCCUUCACCUCGUUCAGACUCUGCUGAAUAACAACAUCGCCGUGUUUACGUCCCCGCUGUGCACGAUCCGGAACACCAAGAACAACGAGCCGACGGACUUUUUGCAGGCCAUCAAGUACUACCUCUGUCUUAGUAUCACUCGUAAUGGUGCCAGCUCGGUGGACCGGGUGUUUGACGUGUGCUGCGAGAUCUUUUGGUUAAUGCUCAAGUACAUGAGGUCGUCGUUCAAGAAUGAAAUUGAGGUAUUCUUGAACGAGAUUUACCUAGCGCUACUCGCGCGACGGAAUGCGCCGCUCUCGCAAAAGCUUACUUUUGUGGGCAUCCUGAAGAGGUUAUGCGAAGACCCAAGAGCCUUGGUGGAGUUGUAUCUCAACUAUGACUGUGACCGUAACGUCGACAACAUCUUCCAGCGGAUUGUGGAAGACCUUUCGAGGUUCGCGACGGCGGUGGUGCCCAUCAACCCAACGCAAGAACAGCAGUACGAGGACGUGCACUCGAAAUCGGGGCCCGGCAGUGAGUGGCAGAUCAAGAACGUGCUGCCGCCAGCGCUGUCGGUUGCCUUGAUAGCUACGAAUCACGAGAUCGAUACGGAGAUUCCGAAGGAGUAUUUCAUGAAGCGGGCUGCCAUCGACUCCUUGGUGGAAACGUUACGGUCACUGGUCCACUGGUCUCAGCCCGGGCGACCGGAGGCUAACGGGACGGUCGGCGAUGUGCACACACGACCCUCGAGCGACGAUUUGCGAUACUCGAUCGAUCCCUCGGCCAACAGUGAGACAGCAUCCCGCAUGGAAACGCCGCUACCGCCCUCGACUCCAGUUAUUGAUGACGAUCCGGACCAGUUGGAAAAGGAAAAGGCCAGGAAGACGGCGAUGACGAACGCCAUCAAGGUGUUCAACUUCAAGCCGAAGCACGGCGUUAAGCUGCUCCUCAAGGAGGGCUUCAUCACGAGCGAGACUUCCGAGGAUAUCGCGCGGUUUUUGCUUCGCGAGGAUCGCCUGGACAAGGCGCAGAUUGGCGAGUACCUUGGCGAAGGCGACCAGAAGAACGUGGACAUUAUGCACGCGUUUGUGGACAUGAUGGAUUUCAGCAAGAAGCGGUUCGUCGAUGCUUUGCGGGAGUUUUUGCAAUCCUUCCGUCUGCCCGGCGAGGCGCAGAAGAUUGAUCGAUUCAUGCUCAAGUUCGCGCACCGCUACGUGACGGGCAACCCGAACGCGUUUGCCAACGCCGACACGCCGUACGUGCUCGCGUACUCGGUGAUCCUGCUCAACACGGAUCUGCACAGCAGUAAGGUGGUCAAGCGGAUGUCCAAGGAGGACUUCAUCAAGAACAACCGCGGCAUCAACGACAACGCGGAUCUUCCGGACGAGUACCUCAUUGGCAUCUACGAGGAUAUUCAGGGGAAUGAGAUUGUGCUCAAGAGCGAGCGGGAAGCUGCGGCGGCUUCGGGGUUGCUGCAAGCGCAGGCUACCGGGCUAGCCGCUGGGCUGGGCCAGGCAUUCUCCAACGUUGGGCGUGACCUGCAGCGGGAAGCGUACGUGCAGCAGUCGGAGGAGAUCUCGCUACGAUCGGAGCAGCUGUUCCGCGACCUGUACCGCAGCCAGCGCAAGAGCGCGACCAAGGCCGGGGUCAAGUUUAUCUCGGCCACGUCGUUCAAGCAUGUCGGGCCCAUGUUCGACGCGACGUGGAUGUCGUUCUUCUCGGCACUGUCUAGUCUGACGCAGAAGACGCACAACCUAGAGGUCAACAAGGUGUGCCUGGAGGGCAUGAAGCUGGCGACGCAGAUUGCGUGCUUGUUCGAGCUGGCGACCCCGCGCGAAGCGUUCAUCUCGUUCUUCAAGAACACGGCCAACCUCAACAACCCCCGCGAGAUGCAGGCUAAGAACGUCGAGGCGCUGAAGAUGCUCCUGGACCUGGCGCAGACGGAAGGCAACCACCUGAAGGAGUCGUGGAAGGAUGUGCUGUUGUGCAUCAGCCAACUAGAUCGCCUGCAGCUGAUCUCGGGUGGUGUCGACGAGAGCGCGGUGCCUGACGUGUCCCGGGCGCGGUUUGUCCCUCCUCCCCAGCGGACGGAAACGGCGGAUUCCCGCAAGUCGACGUCGUCGUCCACGCGGAAAACGCGGCCGCGGGCGCACACGGGGCCCCAGGGGGUGUCGCUUGAGAUCGCGCUCGAGAGCCGAUCGGACGAUGUGAUCAAGAGCGUGGACCGCAUCUUCACCAACACGGCCCAUCUCUCGAGGGACGCGAUUAUCCACUUUGCGCGGGCCCUCACGGAAGUGAGCUGGGACGAGAUCCGGGUGUCUGGGUCCAACGACUCGCCGCGGACGUACAGCCUGCAGAAGAUUGUCGAGAUCAGCUACUACAACAUGACGCGUGUGCGGUUCGAGUGGAGCAGCAUCUGGGACGUACUCGGAGAGCACUUCAACCGGGUCGGGUGCCACGCCAACACGGCGAUCGUCUUCUUCGCGCUGGACUCGCUGCGGCAGCUGUCGAUGCGGUUUAUGGAGAUUGAGGAGCUGGCCGGGUUCAAGUUCCAGAAGGACUUCCUCAAGCCGUUUGAGCACGUCAUGUCGAACUCGAGCAACGUGACGGUCAAGGACAUGAUCCUGCGGUGUUUGAUCCAGAUGAUCCAGGCGCGGGGCCAGAACAUUCGGUCGGGCUGGCGGACCAUGUUUGGCGUGUUCACGGUGGCGGCGAAGGAGCCGCACGAGAGCAUUGUGAGCCUGGCGUUUGAGAACGUGACGCAGGUGUACCGGACGCGGUUUGGGGUGGUCAUCUCCCAGGGGGCGUUUACGGACUUAAUUGUGUGUUUGACCGAGUUCUCCAAGAACAUGAAGUUCCAGAAGAAGAGCCUGCAGGCGAUGGAGCUGCUCAAGUCGAUCAUCCCGACAAUGCUCAAGACACCCGAGUGUCCGCUGUCGAAGAAGUCGCAGAAAUCGUCUGAAAAAGCCGAGACGGCGGCGGACCCCAACUUCAAGUCACCCGCACCUGCAGCGCGCCAGAGCCGCACGUCGACGGAGGAAGGGUUCUGGUUCCCCGUGCUGUUUGCGUUCCACGACGUGCUGAUGACGGGCGAAGACCUCGAGGUGCGGUCUAACGCGCUCAACUACUUCUUCGAGACACUGCUGCGGUACGGCGGCGAUUUCCCGUCUGAGUUCUGGGAUAUCCUGUGGCGCCAGCAGCUGUACCCCAUCUUCAUGGUGCUGCGGUCGCGGCCUGAGAUGACAAACGCGCUCAACCACGAGGAGUUAUCGGUGUGGCUGUCGACCACCAUGAUCCAGGCCCUGCGCAACAUGAUCACGCUGUUCACGCACUACUUUGACGCGCUUGAGUACAUGCUGGACAGGUUUUUGGAACUGCUAGCGCUCUGUAUCUGCCAGGAGAACGACACGAUCGCGCGCAUCGGCAGUAACUGUCUGCAGCAGCUGAUCCUGCAGAACGUGACCAAGUUCACGCCCGAGCACUGGGCCAAGAUUGUCGGCGCGUUCUGUGAGCUGUUUGAGCGCACCACGGCGUACCAGCUGUUCUCCGCGACCACCAUCAACUCGACCGCCUCGCUGUCUCCGCCGCCAAGCGGCCUCGAGUUUGGCGUUGCGCUGAGCCCGACGUCGGAGACGGGGCCUGUUGACGAAAAGUCUCUCAAGAUCGACGGCACGGACGAGGACGGGUUUUCCGUCGCUGCCCCAGAAUCCAUCAACGGCGAUGCCGAUAACCUCGCCGCGCCGGCCUCUGCCAACCCGUCCGCGCUAGCCGCCUCUGCUUCCCCCGCGAUACCCCCAGCAGCCGGCUCAGCCCAACCCCAACUCGAAGAAUUCAAACCCGCCAACCCCCUCCAGCAACAACCCGUCGUCGUAACCGCCGCCCGGCGCCGCUUCUUCAACCGCAUCAUCUCCCGCUGCGUACUCCAACUCCUCAUGAUCGAAACAGUCAACGAGCUCUUCAGCAACGACGCCGUCUACGCCCAGAUCCCCUCUCCCGACCUCCUCCGCCUCAUGGCCCUCCUCAAAAAAUCCUUCCUCUUCGCCAAGCGCUUCAACGCCGACAAAGACCUGCGCAUGCGUCUCUGGCGAGAAGGGUUCAUGAAACAACCCCCCAACCUCCUCAAACAAGAAUCCGGCAGCGCCGCUACUUACGUCUCCAUCUUAUUCCGCAUGUUCGGCGAUACCGCCCCCGAACGCCAAGGCAGCAAAUCCGACGUCGAAAGCGCGCUCGUCCCGCUCUGUCGGGAUAUCAUACGCGGGUAUAUCGUGCUUGACGAAGAGAGCCAGCACAGGAAUAUUGUGGCGUGGCGGCCGGUGGUGGUGGAUGUGUUGGAGGGGUAUGCGGCGUUUCCUAGGGAGGGGUUUGCCGCGCAUAUUGGGAGCUUUUAUCCGCUGGUUGUGGAGCUGUUGGGGAAGGAUUUGGGACAGGAGUUGAGGGGGGCGUUGUUGCUUGUUUUGAGACGGGUGGGGGAGGUCGGGUUGGGGAUUGAGGGGUUGGUUGGGAGCGGCGCAAAUGGGAAUGGAAGUCAUGGGAAUGGCGUUGGCGCGGGGAAUGGGGGGCUCGGGGUGCAAGGGGUUAUUAGGGCGUCGCCGAGUAUGGAUAGUUUGAGUGAUGACCCGUCGAGGCAGGUUAUGGGGAGGGUGUGA